AUUUAUAAAAUUGUUCGCCAGUUAGGGAGGCCGUUUAGGUAAUAUUGAAAACAGUUUUUUCCAAUACAUCACAAAAAUGCAGCCCAUCACAGAAACUUUCAUCGAAUUAAACAAAGUAUCGACAAAAGUGUCCACAAUCGGAAAGAAAGUAGGAGAAACAUUUGACGACAACGAGAAUUUAGUAAUUAUCGUUCCUGGAAAUCCAGGAUUGAAUUCCUUUUACGAUAAAUUCGCCAGAAGAAUAAAUGAUAAUUUGAAUUGUUCAGUUUGGUGUGUAGGACAUGCCGGACAUAAUUACACGAUCGAAAACUUGAAAGGAGUGCCCAAAUACCACAAAAAUAAGGAGUUGUACGGUCUUGAUGGACAAGUAAAAAAUAAGGUUGACUUUUUUGAAAAAUACGUCCCAAAAAAUGCAAGAGUUCACCUCAUUGGUCAUUCCAUAGGAUCUUAUAUGGCAGUAGAAUUAUUAGACAAACCUACAAUAUCGGAAAAAAUCAACAAGGCAUAUUUGCUCUUUCCUACAAUAGAAUACAUGGCUAAAACUCCGAACGGGCUUUUCUUGAACGGAUUUCUGAGAAGUAUAAUAUCGUUCGUAGUUCUUCUGUCUGGUUUGUUCGCUAUUUUUCCCCGGUUUAUACAAACUGCUCUUUUAUACGGCUACAUGACCAUUGUCGGCAUGCCUAAACAUAACUGUGAUAUUAUACGAUCAUUGAUAAGGCCUGCUAUAUUGAAACGCGUGUUCUUCCUCGCCUACGAAGAAAUGGACCAAGUACUGGAAAGAAACUCACACAGUCUGGAACAGAAUAUAAAGAAAGUGAAGUUGUUGUAUGGUGAAACCGAUGGAUGGACUCCUCUACAGUAUUAUACCAACCUUAAGAAAGAUAUUCCAGAUAUCGAUGCCGAGGUAACUAGCUUCAAUCAUGCUUUUGUGUUAAACAGAAGUCAUGAAAUUGGUGAUAUGGUUUGUGAUUGGAUCAAGAAUAAGGCUUAGGUAGUUCAAAGUGGUACCUAGUAGCUAAAUUUUUCACGAGAAUUGCGUUUAUUAUUAUAUUGAGCAUACAGCGUUGUUAUUUUAUUAUGAUCUUUAUUUUAUCUAUUAGUCAGUCGUAGUUUUGGUCCCUCAUUCCAAAUAUUUUUAUCCUGAGCAUUUUCCAUCCGUAUUAUUUUUAACUCAUGAACUGUUUCUUCCUUAAAAUUAAGCGAUGUAGUGACCAGAAACAUUGAUUACCAGUCUGGUAGCAGUUGCAAGCAGGAUAAAAUCGUCCUAAUUAUCCAUAUUCUUGUUCUUAUGAUGCCCUAUCCAAUUAGUGGAUGUUUGCGACAAUUCUGACAUACUCCUCUCGAUCUUGUGUGGCUCUAAAGAGUGCAUGGGCAUCGAGGUUUGUCCAAUCCCUUAUGUUUUUAAGCCAUGAGUAUUUCUUUCUUCCGAUGCCCCGUUUUCCUUCUAUCUUCCCUUCCAUAAUAAGCUUUAAGAACUGGUACUUGGAAUUUCGAAAUAUAUGACGCAGAUAAGCAGUUUUUCUUCUUUUUAUUAUUGGCAGCAAUUCUCGUUCUCUGCCAUUCGAUUUAAUACUUCGACAUUUGUUGUGUGAUCUGUUCAGGGAAUUUUAAGUAGUCUUCUAAAUAUUCACAUUUCCAAUCGGUUCAUCACAUUGGCCUUUAUGGUCCAGGUUUCUACACCAUAUAGCAGUAUGUUGUAAAUGUUACAUUUUACAAAGCGAUAUCGAAGCGUUAAGUUAAGGCUGCUGUUGCUUAGCAAGGUUCUCAUAUUAGUAAACGCUGUUCUGGCUUGCUCAAUCCUGCUACGUAUCUCUAUGUCUGGAUUUAGAUCUUCAGUUAUCCAACUACCGAGAUAUCUGGAUAUUGGAUGUUCUUAUUGUUGACUCUAAUAUUUAAUUCCAUAUUUCGUGUUCUACUAACCACCAUUACAUUCGUCUUGCCUAUAUUAAUCUUCAACCCCAGUCAUUCUCCUUCAGUGUUUAUUAUAUCUAUUAGUAGUCGUAGCGCUUCUUGGCUAUCAGCUAUAACGGAGUAUAAUUUGGCAUGCUACAGUAAAUUCGUGUCUAUUACCAUGUUAAAUUUUGUUUUCUUCUUUAAAAUAUAGUAAUCCUGUAACUAGAGAUGCAGAUCAACAGUCACUUGGUAUUUCCAGAGCCAUUAGUGAAACAAAAUCGUCCUAAUUAUCCAGAAUGAACCAUAUUUGGCAUGCUACAAUAGAUUCAUAUCCAUUUCCAUGUUAAUUUCUGCUUUCUUCUUUAAAUCACAGCAGCCUUGCGAUCAGAAACUCAUACUAACAGUCCCGUUAGUACUCUCAAAUAUGUUAGUAGGAUCAAAUCACUGUACCUUACACAAUUCCUCAGUUAAGUACAUUUUGUUAAAUUAAAUUGCUCUAUUUUUUUUAUUUGCUUUUUCCCACAGGUCAUAUUAUGAAUAUGUCACAUGCUCAAUAUAAAUAUAAACACAUAAUAUAAUUUUAAUGUUAAGAUUAAAAAUCUUAAUUUUUUUAAUAAUAUACAUGUAAAAAUAAUAUCUCUUGUAAUAUUUAUAUCCAGUGUUCCUAGAUAUCAGUAAGUAUACAGUGAAACAGCAUAAGAUCAAUCUUUAAUGUUGCAAACAUGACAUGAUAUUGCCAACAUGAAUUUAAAUUGUGUAUAUAAAUGCAAAGUAUAAAUUAUAGUGCUGCUCUAUAAACUACCCAACUACCCCAGUUCCUUUUACCCAAUUCCCAAUAAAUUAGUUCUUAUUCACAUUAAACAUUCAAUUCUACCUUAUAAAUAGAUUCUCUGUAUAUAGGGUAAUCGUUUAUUGACAUCAAGGAGCACUGUGUGGUAAGUGGGUACCUAAAAUUAUCAGUAUUCAACUGUUUAUUGUGUGAAAUGUGUUACUUAGUUAUAUUUAUCUGAUAUGUGAUAACACUUUUGUUCAAAAUUAGCCAGUGGCAUUUUUCCAUGUAAUUUGAGUCCUAGGUAAUUUAUUAUAUUAUUUAAAACAAAUUGAAGACUAAUUAUUUUUUAUUUGCAACAUCAUGGUAGAGUGUGAAAUUAAAAUACACUAUUGAUACAAGUUUUUCUAUUUAUCUUCCAGGAAUUUAUUGAUUUAAUUAACGGGUUUAGUAAAUGGUGCUCAAAUUUUGAACAAAGUUUUUGUGAAAUAUUUUACUGUAAACUGGAUUAAUUUAUUUUAACCAAACGAUUUAUUACUGUUAACAAAUAAUUUUAUUGAUUUAACUAUUUAUUUAUGGUUGCAUGUUACAAAUAAAGACCUACCUCCUUGUUAUCCUUACCUUUGUAUUAUUAUAAAGUUUAAAUAAAUUAUUUAAUAAUA